GUGGAGCAGGUACAGGAGGUGGAGGAAGAAAUGAAAAAGGAGGGAUGAAGAGAGGAGUAAAAAAAAGGAAAGAAGAAAAAGAAGAAGUGCAACAGUGCCAGCAGCGCGGGGCAUGAUGAAAAAGUCAUGAGCUGAGGCCGAGUCUAGCUUAAGUUACACUCCGGCGCUCCUAAAGUAAUGAACGAGGGAAUGAGAGGUGCAGGGACGGAGGGAUGGAAGAGGAAAGAGCGAUACAAGACGCUGGCAAGCUCGACAUUGUACUGGCAAAGUUAUGCGAAGCUGAGUUCAUGGUGGUCCUUGUGGUGUGGGGGAUGCUUAACAGUGAGUAUUCUUGUGCAUUGUGUAACUAUAUCUUAAGCUAAAACAUUAUAUAGUUAGUUAUAAUGUUCAGAUUUUGGUAAAGCUGUUAAAAGGUCUGUUUAGUCUUUUUGGAUACCUCUAGCUUUAAUCAAUAAAUGGACUUGCCAAUGGAUUAAACCAAGCUAUUGGGAACAAGCAAAAAUUAAAGGCCUGUACUUGCAAUAUUCGGGUUAUAACUAACACAGUUGUGACUGAAUGGAGUUCAUUCAUUUGUCCCCCUCUUUAGAUGAUUUGUGCCUAAUCACUGGCAUAAACACCAUCUGACCUUUGAGCUUAGAGGAACUGGUUUAACUUUUGACCUACAUUAAAAUAUCCUGUUUCUGCUAAAGAUCCUGGUAAGAUUGCACCCAUCACAUGAGCGAGGAGCUAAAAGUCUCUCUUCGCGUUGCCGAUGUAAAUUAUUCACGACUGGUUGGAUUCUGUCACAUUCCACCAAUCAGGCGAAUUAAGGUGACCGAUCAGCUACGGUGAUAUCAUAGUGUUCCUGGCGUGCUCCUCCCCUUGGCCUGACACCAUCUACCUACCAAUCAGAUGAAUGAACUGAGGUUGUGUGUCCGCCACUAGAUGGUAACUGCAGAUUUCAAUGCACCUUUGCCGGGAUCUUAUUCUAACAGAUUUUCCUCGGUUCCCUUGAAGAGUCCUACUACCAUUAGAUUGACUUGGAUCUUCGUUGGAAACUCAUUAAUGGCUGUUUGACCUGCAACCACCUAUAGAAGCAAGGUACGGAGUUCUACAUAAAGAUCUAGAGCAGGUGAAGUCUUCCCAGAACAGAACUGAGGAAAAGAUCUACAACUAAUGAAGACUCCAGAACCAGGUCAGAGUUAUAAAGAAUGACCCGGCUUGACUCUCCGCUGCGUCGCACCGACAGCCGUCCUACAAUGGAUUCACACAGCAGAGGUGCCAGCAGAAACCCCAGCAGAAACGCCAGCAGAAGGGGCAGUGUCAGCCAACACCCAGAAUCAAGAAAAGAGAGGGAUCAAUCAAGUACCCGUGCCAUUUUCAAAAGAGCCAACCGCUUCCUUUCACGUGAUCGAGAACCACAAGAUGAAGAUACCUCUCCUGUACGAUACUAUGAGAGAGGACACCCUCUUCCCAGCAACUGCAGCCCUGAACGAAAAGCUACAAUACCCUUCAGAAACCCUGACCUGGGACUUCCGUCCUACAGGAGGCGUAAUGACACACUUACCAAUGAGGCAAUGAGUGGCCUCUCUCCACAACGUCACAUGACGUAUUCGAACUUCAGGCGUGGUGAGAGCCAAUCACGUGGGAGUCCUCGUUCAGGCAGUCCAAGGUCAACUAACAUCUCGCCACAUAGGCAACCGGACACUCGCAGCUCUUCACAUCGUAGAGGCUCCACUUCCCAACGUCAUGGAACAACAUCCCACACGUCAUCCAGACAUGCCUCUGGGAAGUGCAGUCCAUCGAGAAGACGGGAUUCUGUCACCUCACGCGUACACUCUCCUUCUCGAAGUUCCACCUCUAACAAAUAUGCAGAAUCCUCAGGCAACUCUCACAAGCGAAGUCCUUCCCAGAGUUCCUAUGGACACAGCCUGGAUUCUGAGAAGCUGUAUCGUAAUCUUAAAUCAAUUGCUAGCUCAGCAGAGUCUGACGAUUCGCAACAAGAAAGAAAAAGUUGGUCAAAAAGAUCUAAAUCUAACAUGGGCUCAGACGGGCGCUCUUACCAGAAUGGUCAAAGCAGUCGAAACAGUGCCUGUAAUAGUCGGAAAAGUGGACGCAACACUGGUUGCAACAGCAGAGACUUUUCACCACCAGGCAGUGACUAUGACAACAGGAGCCAGUUUUCACAAAAAGGAAGUAGCCGUGCAAGUGGGUACAACAGCCACCACAGUGGUCGUAGCACAGUCCACAACACAGGUCACAAUAGUCGUGAUAUUUCACCCCCUCAGAGAGAUUAUGAAAAGAAUGGUCACAGCUCCCCCAGAGACAAAAAACAAGGCAGUUACAGAUCUGACAAAGGAGGAACCUCAUCAAAAUCUUCUAUGUCAGACAGGCAUUCCAGGGCAGAUCUGAGUCAAUCGCAGGGCUCCUGGCAUGGGUCCCCCAAUCCUCCCCACAGUACUGACUCUCCUGAGUCGUCUCGAAAUAUCUCACCUUCAAGGAAGAGUCCAAAACAGGUGUCCUCCAAGACCCAAGCUGCAACAAUGGAAACAGAUAAGCCAGGCACAGAGAGAAGCAGAAGCACCAUACGACGUGGCCUAGAAGCACUGAUCUUCUCAGAAAACACAAGGUCUACUAGCCAGCCACCCUUGCCGGAGAUGACGAUAGAGGACUAUGUGCUGAUAGCUGACAUUCCCAAAGUGAAUUUGUAUCCGGAGGAAGAGGAAGCAGUCAUAGUGAGGAGGAGGCCACAGAGUCGAAGUCCACGGAGAGACAACCAACACAGCUAUGGGGAUGGAAGAGAAGGCCACAGUGAUUACGGGGAGCCGGAGGAACGAGGGAGAGGAAGAGAGAGGGGGAGAGACCGCAGAGAGAGAGAGAAGAGACGACAUGACAAGGAUACAGGAGGGUCAUCGGACACCAACAGCACCGUUUCAGGCCAUACACAGAGGCCCAGAGAUGAGCACAGAGCUUCUAACAGAUGUGAGAGAAAUCCAUCUGACCAGCCACAGAUGCAGCUUGACCUGCUGGACUUUAAAAAGGGAUGGAUGUUCUUAUUGGAUGACACUGCAGAGUGGAGGAAGUAUUGGUUUGUGCUCGACUCCUCUGGACUGAAAUACUACACUGACCCUGGAGCUGAGGAGGGCAACGAGCCAGAUGGAGAGAUUGAUGUUCGACGCUGUGUGAGAGUUGUGGAGUUUGAUGCUGAUAAGAACUAUGGUCUUCAGUUACACACGCAAGACGGAGAAGUAACCUUAUCAGCCAUGACUUCACGCAUCAGGAGGAACUGGAUCGACAUUCUGCAGAGACGCAUCAGACACCCUAACUCACAGAACCGGGAGGGCAGUGGCAGCGAUAAGGAGCCUCCAAAUCAUCACGAUUCCAGGUCAAAUAUCGCCAGCCCAAUAGAUGAUGAGCCAGACAUGAUGUCAUCGCCAUUAACCAAUCAGCGCGAGGCCGGAGUGGGACGAGACAGGGAGCAGGAACGGCGCCUGGAGGACAGGACUAGGUGGUUCCAGGAAGGAAUUUUGGAAACUGAGGGCGAGAGCCCGUGGGACAAAGUGCAGCUGAAGAAGGGUACGGUGGCCUCGGUGGUUCAUAUGAUGCCGCAGAUCUCAGAGACCCUGGAAGGGGUAGACAUAGAGAAGAAGUGGGAGGACUUUGAGAAGAUUCCUUUCGGAGAGGUGCAGUUGUUGCCUCCGGGUGGCUCCAGUAGCAGCAACCAGGCUCCAGUGGCAACCAAUGAGGCGCUUCAGAGAGAGGUUCUGACUCUGAGGCAGCAGAUCGAGGCCCUGCGCAAAGGCCGAAUUGAAUCCAGUGCUGGCGUCUCCUGCGGCCCGGACGCCCCCUGUGCCUCCUGGCUGGAGCAGAUCAUGAGGGAGCACAGGGAGAAACUGCAGGAGAUAGAGAGAGAUCAUGAAAGAGAGAGGAGAGAGAUGGAGAGGGAGAAAGAGCAGCUGCUGAAGGAGGAGGCGGAGACCGCUGCACAAGCCAUGGAGAUUUUGAGGAAGACCCAUCUGGAAGAACUGGAGAGAAUAAGGGGAGGAGAGCAACCCAACUGCACACAACUACUGCCGGAGUCUCAGUCUCUGCAGCAGGAGUUGGACGGUCUCUCAGAGCGUUACUCUCAGCGCUGUGUGGAGCUGAACCGAGUGCAGCACACAGCCGGACACAAACACACUCUGAUCCAGGAGAAAGAGAGGGAGGUGGAGCGGCUCCAGAGAGAGAACCAGGAGCUGCGGGCACGUCUGACCGAGGAGAUGAGCCUCAUGCGCUCCUUCAUCACAGGUCAGAGGUCAGGGGUCGUACCUGUGGGCAGUUAUGAGCGCAGCACCUCAGAACUGGAGAUGCUACUGCGGGUGAAGGAGAAUGAAAUAGAGCACUUACAAAAGGAAAUCAACUGUCUCAGGAAUGAAGUACAGUCUCUAGCUAAGGAUCAGCAUGAGCUGAGUGAGCGCUAUAAGGCCGUAUAUGUGGAGCUGUGUGGAGUAAAGGGGCUCAGUGAGAGAGAGACCACCACUCUAAAAGAACAUCUCAGACUGGCCAACGCUGCCCUGGAGGAGAAGGAGCAUCAUAAUGGAAAUGACACAAACCAAUAAGAGCUUGAAUAGACCGAUGGAGCUCUAAUAUAGAGACGUAUUGAAUGCACAUGGUUCACCUGUGUACAGAAUUAUUAUUUUUAAUUUUAUUAGUAAUUAAUGUGUCAUUUACUGAGGUGGAAAUGAUGUACAUGUCUGAAUCAAGUCAAUAUGUCAAUUGUUUAGAGAGCAAGGGGUGCUGAUUUGUUUAAUGAAGGAGGAACCCUAAAGGAUGUUGGACAUUUAUGCUUCAAUGUUUUAUGAGAAUAUUUAACAUGAGAAAUUAAAAAUAAAUUAUUAAAAAAAAAAUCUUCUAUGAGAAACUU